AUGUCACCAGCCCAAUACUAUCCAAACCUUGAUCUUACACAGCACCAAUUAGAAGAGAUUGAUAAUGUUGUUGACAGGCUAACUUUGAGUGAGAAGGCUACCUUAAUCUCCGGAAUUGACUUUUGGCAUACGUUCGCCAUACACGAUCCUGAAAGAAAUAUCGACCUCCCUUCAAUAAGAAUGUCAGAUGGACCAAACGGUAUAAGAGGUACUAGGUUUUACAAUAGUGUACCAAGUGCUUGCUUGCCAAAUGGUACCUCCCUAGGAGCGACUUUCAAUAAGGAGCUUCUAAACCAGACAGGUAAGCUAAUGGCACUCGAAGCAAAGCACAAAGGUGCACACGUAAUUUUGGGGCCUACAGUUAAUAUCCAAAGAGGACCAAAUGGCGGGAGAGGGUUUGAGAGCUUCAGUGAGGAUCCAACCGCCGCUGGGCUUGUUGCCAGUGAAAUAAUCAAAGGUAUGCAAUCGGAGAACAUCAUCGCCACCAUUAAACAUUAUGUUUGUAAUGAUUUCGAGCAUCAAAGGACAAGUGUUAGUGCAAUUGUUAGCGAAAGAGCAUUGCGUGAAGUGUAUUUGAAGCCAUUUCAAUUGGCACUAAAACAUGCCAACCCACUCGCAUUGAUGACAGCUUAUAACAGGGUGAAUGGAAUUCAUGCGUCGCAAAAUCAUCAUUUAUUAAUCGAUAUUCUUAGAAAUGAAUGGAAUUACCAAGGUACAGUUACAAGUGAUUGGUUUGGUGUCUAUAACUUGUACGAAUCUAUAAAAAAUGGCUUGGAUAUUGAAAUGCCUGGGAAGCCAUUGAUUAGAGAUAAAAAACAAGUUGUUAAUGCUGUCAUGAAAAAACAAAUUUCUGAGAAUGAUUUGGAUGAAAGAGUUAAAAACAUUGUUAAGUUGGUCUAUAGAACCAAGGGCUCAGGAGUUUCUGAGAAUGGGGCCGAGGAUACUGACAAUAACACCAAAGAAACAUCGGAAUUUUUGAAAAGGCUAGCUAACGAAGGUACUGUCUUACUCAAAAAUGAUGCGAAUGUUUUACCAUUGAGUAUCGAAGAUAAAAUAGCCGUUGUGGGACCAAAUGCCAAAAUUGCAACCUUUAGCGGUGGUGGAUCAGCUUCUUUAAAGCCUUAUUAUGCUGUUAAUGCUUAUGAUGGUAUAUCAAGGCGUUAUGGAAAACCUCCAUUAUAUGCCCUGGGUGCUUAUUCUCAUAAUCUAUUACCUGGGUUGAGUGAAGUUCUAGAUAAUACCUCCACUGGAAAUAAGGGUUUUAGAAUUAAAUAUUACUACACUUUGGAGGAUGCAAAGGCCAAUAAUGACGACUUUUUCUUUCAAGAUGACUUGAAUGAAUCGCAUGUCAGUUUUUUUGAUUUCACCAAGUCCACCAAACCGGAAUUUUAUGCUCUUGUUGAAGGUGAGUUUGUUCCCCAGAAAGAUGGAAUUUAUGAUUUUGGGCUAGUUGUCAAUGGUACAGGUCAAAUUUUUAUUGAUGAUGAAUUGAUUGUUGAUAACAAAACCAAGCAAACCCCUGGAGAUAUGUUUUUCGGCUAUGGAACUAUUGAAGAAAAAGGCUCAGUGAAUUUAUCUAAGGGCAACAAAUAUAAAUUUAGGUUGGAAUACGGUAGCGCUAUUACUUCUACUUAUCCUAGUAUUGUUGAUGAAACCAAGGCCAGUGGAGGAUUCAACAUCGGUGCGGCUAUCAGAAUAGAUGAAGAGCAAGAAAUUUCCAAUGCUGUUGAAGUCGCCAAGAAAGUGGAUAAAGUCAUUGCCAUUGUUGGUCUAACUAAAGAAUGGGAAAGUGAGGGUUUUGACAGAGAAGACUUGAAAUACCCAGGGAGAACUAAUGAUUUGAUUUUUGCCCUCGCGAAAGCCAAUCCUAAUAUUAUCAUUGUUAAUCAAAGUGGAACCCCAAUGGAGAUGCCUUGGAUUGAUGAUGUUAAGGGAGUUGUGCAAUCCUGGUAUAAUGGCAUGGAAUUGGGUAAUUCCCUAGCUGAGGUUUUGUUCGGUGAUUAUAAUCCAAGUGGUAAAUUACCAUUAACAUUCCCGAAGAAAUUUGAAGACAAUCCGGCAUAUUUGAAUUUUAUUUCUGAUUUUGGUGACUGUGUCUAUGGUGAGGAUAUUUUUGUUGGUUACAAAUAUUAUGAAAAACUAAAUAAAGAUGUAUUAUUUCCCUAUGGAUUUGGUUUGUCUUAUACUACCUUUGAAUUUAGCACAUUGGAUGUUAUCUUAGACUGGGAAGCGAAGCAAUUGAAUAUCAGUCUAGUAGUUGAAAAUACUGGUACAUUGGAUGGAAGUGAAGUGGUACAGGUUUAUAUUGGCGGUGUUGAAGACUCCUCUAUCAGAAGACCAAUCAAGGAAUUGAAAGAUUUCACAAAAUUAUUUGUCAAAGCAGGUGAAAAGAAAAAUACCAGCUUCACCACUGAUUUGAAGAAUGCAUUUUCUAUCUGGGACAAUGAAAAAUCCAAAUGGUUUAUUGAAAAAGGAAUAUAUCAAAUUUAUGUUGGAAAUAGUUCAGCCAAUGUUCCACUUUCGAGUUCUGUUAGUAUUGAAGAAAACUAUUGGUGGUCUGGAUUAUAG